GCCGCGGAUAACGAGCGAUUAAUCAACCACUCAUCUGCCUGUUAGUCAGCAGUAACCGAGGAGAGUCGCGGGAGGCCUGGGGCUGGAACCGGGCACAUGGCGGCGGUGUCGGGCCGGGCGAGCGGCAGCGGGAGUGAGGAGCAUCCGGAGUCGGAGGCCGGGCUCGCGGACGGGGAGGAGGGGGGCGGCGCCGAGCGCGCGCUGGAGGCCGAGUUCGAGCACGCGGCUCAGCACGUGCAGCUGGUCGUGCACGAGGCGGGACGGGAGACCCUGCUCUACCUGUACAGUCGCUUCAAACAGGCCAAAUUUGGGAAAUGCAAUGUCCCAAAGCCUGGAUUCUUUGAUUUUGAAGGCAAACAGAAAUGGGAAGCAUGGAAGGCAAUGGGUGAUAUGACUGCACAACAGGCUAUGCAGGAAUAUGUUGCAGCUGUAAAGAAAUUGGACCCAGAGUGGAAUCCUAAGGAUUCAGUGAAAGAAUCUGAUCAGAAAUUACGGUUUGGUGGGCCUGUAGUCAGCAGCCUUUAUCAGGAGGAGAUGAUCAGGGAAGAAGACAAGACUAUAUUUGAUUAUUGUAGAGAGAACAACAUUGACCAUAUUUUAAAAGCUCUUGUAUCCAAGAAUGUGGAUGUUAACCUGAAAGAUGAGGAGGGAAGAGCCCUGCUACAUUGGGCAUGUGACCGAGGACAUAAAGAUCUGGUUGACAUGUUACUCCAACAAAAAGCUGAAAUCAACAGUCAGGAUAGUGAAGGACAGACAGCAUUACAUUACGCAUCUGCCUGCGAAUUUGCUGAUAUAGUGGAAUUGUUGUUGAAUUCUGGAGCUGAUCCCACCAUUCAGGACGGGGAAGGGUGCCUACCUGAAGAGGUGACUGACUCUAAGGACAUCUCACAGAUGCUGCGACAGUAUGCCGCAUCAAAAGGUUAAACCCAAGCCAGAUGCAUGACUACAAAUGGAAAACUACAGAAACAAAUAUGUAUUGAAAUAUAUUUCAUGGUGAUUGUUAUGUUACAAUAUGCAAUAAUUAAACAGUUAUUCGCAAUA